AUCUCCAUUCACGAUCUCGACUUUAAUACUCCUCAUCUCGGACAAAUCGCUAAAAUCGGUUUAAUCAUUGCCAUUAUUGCUUUAACCGAGGCGAUUGCGGUAGGGAGGUCGUUCGCUGGAAUCAAAGGGUACAGACUCGAUGGAAACAAAGAAAUGAUGGCCAUUGGAUUUUCGAAUGUUAUCGGUUCCUUCACAUCUUGUUACGCUGCUACUGGUUCAUUCUCUCGGACAGCUGUGAACUUCGCGGCAGGAUGUGAGACAGCAAUGUCGAACAUUGUAAUGUCGGUUACGGUGUUUGUAGCACUCGAGUGCCUAACGAGGCUUCUCUACUAUACCCCAAUUGCCAUCCUCGCUUCCAUAAUUCUCUCAGCACUUCCGGGAUUAAUUGACAUCAAUGAGGCCAUUCACAUUUGGAAAGUCGAUAAAUUUGACUUUCUUGCUCUCAUUGGAGCUUUCAUUGGUGUUUUAUUCGCUUCGGUUGAGAUUGGACUUCUUGUCGCGGUGGUUAUUUCGUUUGCCAAAAUCAUACUCAUAUCAGUUCGACCAGGGAUUGAAACGCUCAGAAGAAUGCCUGGAACCGAUAUUUUUGCAGAUACUAAUCAAUAUCCUAUGACGGUUAAGACUCCUGGAGUAUUGAUUUUCCGAGUCAAGUCUGCGUUGUUGUGCUUCGCUAAUGCCAGUUCCAUCGAGGAAAGGAUAAUGGGAUGUGUCAAUGAGGAAGAGGAAGAAGAAAACAUAAAGAGCAAUGCCAAGAGAAAGAUCCUCUUUGUAGUCCUUGAUAUGUCAAAUUUGAUAAACGUCGAUACAUCGGGGAUUACUGCUUUGGCGGAGCUCCAUAACAAUCUAACUCAGGCUGGUGUUGAGCUAGUACUCGUGAACCCGAAAUGGGAAGUGAUCCACAAGCUGAAUCAAGCAGGGUUCGUAAGCAAAAUCGGGGGCAAAGUUUACAUGACAAUCGAAGAAGCUAUCGAUGCUUGCUUUGGAUUAAAAGUUUAAAAAUAGUUUUCUCUUAAUAUAACAUAUAUAUGUGUUACCGGAUAAUAUUGCAUGUGAGUUUUAUGUCAGUUCUUGUAGUUUAAAUAAUGUGAGGUCUGCAUGAUGAUGUUGUAUAAUUAUUUACUACGUAUAGUAUAUGUAAUAUUGUAGUGUGCCUUGGUACGUAAGCUCGGUCGUGAUUAAAUAAGUCAUGCAAACUAUAGAGUAUCAUGACGAUCGAAGGGUGUGUGUAACAAAACUUGGAAAUAAUGUAUAUAUUUAUAUGUACGUUUGAUAUA